AUGGGGCUGUCCAAAACAAACAGGAUUUUGAUCCUGCUGGUCAUCGAUACUGCGUUUUUCUUGCUUGAAUUAAUCACUGGUUAUGCCGUCCACUCCCUUGCCCUUGUCGCCGAUUCCUUCCACAUGUUGAACGAUGUAUUAUCAUUGUGUGUCGGACUAUGGGCAGUCAAGGUCGCAAACCGGGAGACCACCUCCAACACGUACACCUAUGGCUGGCAACGAGCAGAGACACUUGGUGCCUUGGUCAAUGGCGUGUUCCUAGUCGCCCUGUGCAUGUCGAUUUUCCUGGAGGCAACCCAGCGAUUGUUCGAACCCCAGGAAGUGCAAAACCCCCGAUUUGUUUGCAUUGUUGGCUGCUUCGGCCUAGCUUCCAAUAUCAUUGGAUUGGCGCUAUUCCAUGACCACUCCCACGGACCCGGCGGCCACGACCAUGGUCACGGCCAUGAUGAACACGACCAUGAUCAUGAUAUCGAGGCUGGUGAACAUGAUCACGACCACACCACAAUUGCCGAUCAGAGUGAGGACAUGGCGUCAGCUACCGCCGAACCAUCCCGGAAACAGCGCGACUCAAGGAGAUUCAGCACAGAACGCGGAUUCGUGAGCCCCGACGAUAUUCCCGUACUUCCCGAGAGACUGAGACAAGGAAUUAUCGCCGCCAGCCAAUACCGGAACGAACAAUCAUCGGAUUCGGAGAAUGGCCAUGAUGAGGAUGAGAUCCCAACUGAGCGUUCAGGUCUUCUGAGCCACCGUGAUCGCACCACCAACUACACCGAUGAGGAGGGAGCUCCAGUCAAGGUCCACGACCACCGCGAUGAAGAUGUCCACAAAUCUCACAACCAUGCUCAGCCCAAGCCGAAGGACCAUAAGAAGGGUCACAAUCACGAUCUCAACAUGCGUGGUGUCUUCCUCCAUGUCAUGGGAGAUGCCCUCGGAAACAUUGGUGUCAUCGUUUCUGCGCUUGUUAUCUGGUUGACGGACUACGAAUGGCGCUAUUACGUCGACCCGGGCAUUUCCCUCGUUAUCACACUGAUCAUUCUUGCAUCCGCCAUUCCGUUGUGCAAAGCUGCCUCGCGUAUCCUCCUUCAGGCCGUACCCCCCGGUAUGAGCAUUGAGCAUAUCAAGGAGGACAUCGAGGGUCUUCCUGGUGUCAUUGGCUCACACCACCUGCACGUUUGGCAACUCAGUGACACCAAGAUCGUGGCCUCAAUUCACCUCCAAGUCGACACCGAAAUCAAAGGUGAAGGUUCGGAGAGGUACAUGCGCCUGGCCAGACAGGUGAGACGCUGUCUCCAUGCCUACGGUAUUCACUCUUCGACUAUCCAACCUGAGUUUGCACCGGAAAGUGACACCGAAGACAAUGGACAAGCACCGUCCCGGGACACCGAUGACCACGUUCCCAGUCGGACUGGCAGUCUUCGGGAGGGUGACCCUCAAGCAUGCCUUCUGGAGUGUGACACAAACUGCGCCCGAGGAGGCCAGUGUUGCCCUAAAAAGUGA